CAGCAGCAAAGAUUAUGACAAUGAAAAAGAAGGGAAGGAUAGUCAACAUUACAUCCGUUAUUGGUCAGGUUGGCAAUGUUGGACAAGCUAACUAUAGUGCUGCAAAGGCAGGGGUAAUUGGCCUCACAAAAAGUGCUGCCAGGGAAUAUGCUAGCAGAAACAUCACUGUUAAUGCACUAGCCCCUGGAUUUAUUGCAUCUGAUAUGACUGCCAUGCUACGACCAGACAUGGAGAAAAAAAGAUUAGAGUUAAUCCCCUUAGGAAGAUUUGGUCAACCAGAAGAAGUUGCUGGACUUGUGGAAUUUUUGGCCCUUAAUCCUUCUGCUAAUUACAUCACUGGACAGGUGUUCACCAUUGAUGGAGGUAUGGCAAUGUAAAUCUCAGGAAUCUGUUUCCGAAUAUAGCAAUUUGAACUUCUUUACAUCACAGUUCAUCGCA